AUGUCUGGAAUACGCCACGACAAGUCCGCCCAGCUGUGCGUGCUGCUCUCUGAAACAAUUGUCUUCUCAGAGGGAACUCCGCCUGGUGGUGAAGAUGGUAUGGUCUGCCACUGGUACGUGACCAUGCCAGAUGAAAAGACUGCCCACCUGCCAUCUGAUAUCUUCUCGGGAGCAAAGCGGGGUGUGAAGUCACAGCUGGACUGGUGUGCGUUUUUGGUGGUGGACAUCGGUGCUGAUGCAGACCUGCGUCUUACGAUCGCAGAUUUGGCUGGCAAUCACCUCGGUGCAUACUUUGGCAACCUGAAGCAGCUGGCAAAAUCAGAUCAGUUCGACAUUCGUCAGCUAACUUUGCAGAACGUGAAGGGGGCAGUGGCCACAAUCACAGUUCGUGCAGCUGCACAGAUGAGGUGGACCAAGGCAAGCGCGACGCAGCGGGAGCCAGGCUCCUGCGAGUUCAUGGCGCCAGCCAAGGAUGCUCAGGCGGCUCACAUCUGGCAGUUCCUUUUUCCGAACCGCUCGAUCCCAACACCAGCUGGAAACGCCAGGACAGAGCUCAAGACCAUCAAAGAAGAGCCUGAGGCAGAGGCCUCUGCUCCCUCGGCGAAGCAGGAAGCAGAGGGGUCGGAAGAAGAUGGCGAACAAGAGGAGGAGGAGGAAGAGGAGGAGGAGGAAGAAGAAUCAGAGGAAGAAGACCAAGAGGCAGAUGAGCAGGAAGGAAGUUCGAAAGCAGAGGCCGGACCCGAAGAAGCAGCAGAGAAGCAGCGACGUGCAACAAAGGAGCUGGAACUAGCCAAGAUGGAGGCAGAGAAGGAGCAGGAAGCCAGGGAACAGCAGCAGCGUGACAUCGCAGCGCGCCAAGCCCAACUAGCAGAAGCUAGAGAGCGUGAGGCCAGGGAGCAGGAAGCCAAAGAGCGCGAAGCCAAAGAGCGCGAGGCCAAAGAGCGCGAGGCCAGAGAGCGCAAGGAGCGAGAGCAAGCAGAGCAGGCACAGCAGCUGCGGGAAGCUUCUGAGAAGGAAGCUCGUGACCUUCAAGCUCGGGACAAGGCUCCGUCAGAGGAGAUAGAGGGGCUCAGCCUGCAGGCUGAGAAGCAGCAGGAUCGCCGAUCACAACUGAAGGUUGACAGCUCCAGCGCCCAAAGGGCUCCGCGCGCUGACUCGCAGGCUCCAGCGAGGAGCUCAGAGAAGCGAUCGUCGAGUACACCUGGCACGAGCAAGGUUCAGCCACGGUCCCGGGCAGCUUCCGGGAUGAGCCAGCGAUCGAGCAUGAACGGCUUAGUGCGACAGGAUCCUGCAGCACUUUCCGGCGCGCGGCCCACAGAUGCUGCCAAGAGCAGACGGAGCACUUUUCGCCUUGGUGCGCAGACAUCGCCAGUUUCGCCCUAUGUCAUCAAGGCUCAGCCGCGCGAGAACCCGAAAGACGAUCGGAAAUGGCUUGAGGACUCUGAGAGUGAAGAGCUGCAGUUUUCGCCUCGAGGCAGCAGUGCCUCGGCUUCUGAGUGCGAGGAGGUCGUCCCUGGGCACGACGUGGGCGCGGCGGAAAGCCUCCACAACGCCUCCCAGUACAAAGGGCCCAAAGUAGGUCCGCAGGGAUCCGACUCCAGGACGUCGAGGGCGCAGGAGCCAGGGGCCUGGAGACGGUCCUUUCUGCGAUCAGCGAGCGCCCCUAGGCCGAGGCGUAGCGCAGAAUCUUCUGAGGGCGCAGGUUCCGGAGCAGCCAGGCUCGAUCUUCGAUUUGGGGACCCCCUCCGAAGCGGUGUUGGCCAGCCUCGGAACAGACAGAGAGGCACCGAGCCAUCUCCAAAUGAGCAGAUUCAGCAGCUUCAGGAGCAGCUGCAUCGCCAGCAGCUACAAAUUCAGGAGCAGCUCGCGAUGCAACAGCAAUUGCAGGCACAACUCCAAGCUCGAACGCCGCAUCAAACACCACUCCAAAAAACACCACUCCAACGGACACCACUCCAACGCACACCCAGUGACUCAAAAAGUCGCUUCCCGCCACGCAGCCGGGCUGUGCCCGUGCGAAGCAACGAAACCCAAGAUCCCAGAGACCUCUCCCGCUUCCCCGGGCCGUGUCCGCGAGGCUUGGCACCAAGCCAUCUCGCGAACUCUUCUGCCAGUGGAAUCGGAGGGUCACCAGAGAGCAGCCAUCCUGGGAAUCUGCGCCAUCCAUCUGUGCAGGCCACAGGCAGCCGGCGUCUGUACAGAGUGCUGACGAGGGGGCUUGGCGUUCGAGCUGGUCCCAACGUCAACGCGCCGCGAACUGGUAGCGUCCUUCGCAGGGGCGACAUCUUUGAAGCCUCAGUGGUUGCACCAGGACUGGAUGGCCGCAUCUACUUAAAGAUCGCUGGAUGGCGCGGCUGGGCUUUUGACGACUCAGCUGUCGAUCCAACCGAUCCCGCGGUGGAAGUCCUCCCUGAGGAGGAGGCUUUUGCAGUCCUCAGCUCGGCGGGCAAGCUGUCAGGAAGCUGGCCCGCUCAGCCUCGGCCGAAGCUGAAUGGCUGUGAAGUGCAGAUGGCUGGUCAGGUGUUACCUGAGAGCGCGUUGUCGAAGAGGGCCCAAGAGGAAUACCAAGGUGAUGCCUGGUCUACGCCCACGGCAACAGCUGAUGUUUUUGAGGUCGCUUCGGUUCCUGGGCCCAGGCGAGGUGACCCCAACAAGGAACUGGCGCCACCAGUCCUGAGCAGCGAAUUCCGCGAGGCGCUGGGCCAGGCUUCCGGCCCGUUCCGCGGCACUCUGGUAGCAUCUUGA